CCAGCCAAUAAAGAAGAGCACUCAUGUCAACAUUAAUCAUUUUUAUCGUCAUUUAUUCAUUAUAAAUUAAUUCGAGACCCCCCUGUCCGCCCAUUCAGAUCUCUGUCUUUUUCUCUCUAUAUCUAUCUAUACACAAAACCAAUCUUUCAAACACUAUACUCUCUUCUUGAUCUUCUAAAGAUAAGCUUGAGAUGAAAACAACUGUUUUCUUCGUCUUCUAUAGCUUAUAAGGAGAGGACCCUUUUGAUAUAGUUCCUCUGAAAACCCUAAGUUUAUUACCUAAAAGAAUUAACACGAAGAGAUGAGCAGUAGUGUGGAAGAAUCUCUGAAAACUCUAUCGUUGGAUUCUCUAAACCUUUUAAUCAACGGUCAAGCUUUCUCCGACGUCACCUUCAGCGUCGAGGGCCGUCUAGUCCAUGCCCACCGUUGCAUCCUCGCCGCACGCAGCCUCUUCUUCCGCAAAUUCUUUUGCGGAUAUGACCCUUCACAAACCGGAGUCGAAUCGGCUAACAACCUAACCGGAUCAGUAAUCAGAGCCGCCGAAAUGGGAGGAGUCAUACCGGUCAACUCGGUCGGCUACGAAGUUUUCUUGCUUCUACUUCAGUUCUUAUACAGUGGUCAAGUCUCACUCGUACCGCAUAAGCACGAGCCAAGAUCGAACUGUGGAGAUAGUGGAUGUUGGCAUACGCACUGCACUGCAGCUGUAGAUCUCUCUUUAGAUAUCUUAGCCGCCGCUCAUUACUUUGGCGUCGAGCAGCUCGCGUUGCUUACUCAGAAACAUUUGACAAGCAUGGUGGAGAACGCCUCCAUUGAAGACGUGAUGAAAGUGCUAAUAGCUUCAAGAAAGCAUGACAUGCAUCAAUUGUGGACCACUUGCUCUUACCUACUCACCAAAUCAGGUCUUUCAACGGAGAUUCUAGCCAAACACCUCCCAAUAGAACUCGUAGCCAAGGUUGAAGAUCUUCGUCACAAAUCUUCCAUGCCUCACCAACAUGACCUAACCUCGGCUCUAGACCUAGACGACCAGAAGAUCAGGAGGAUGAGACGAGCAUUGGACUCCUCAGAUGUCGAGCUCGUGAAGCUAAUGGUUAUGGGAGAAGGACUCAAUAUAGACGAGUCACUAGCUUUGAUUUACGCAGUGGAGAAUUGUAGUAGAGAGGUUGUGAAGGCACUUCUUGAGAUUGGUGCAACUGAUGUGAACUUUCAAGUGGCUCCAACCAGGAAAACCGCACUCCACAUCGCGGCCGAGAUGGUCUCUCCGGAUAUGGUGGCCGUCUUACUAGACCACCAUGCCGACCCAAACGUCCAGACAGUUGAUGGUAUCACUCCACUUGACAUCCUUAGAACCCUAACGUCAAAUUUCUUGUUUAAGGGGACAAUUCAUGGAUUGACUCACAUUGAACCUAAUAAACUCAGGCUUUGUCUUGAGCUGAUCCAGUCCGCAGCAUUGGUGAUUUCACGAGAAGAAGGGAACAAUAAUGAUAAUAACAUGAAAGAAGACCACACGAGCGGAAGUAAUUUGGAUUCAAGAUUGGUUUAUCUUAAUCUUGGAGCUACUAGUCGGGAUCUUGGAGAUGAACAUGGACAUCAAACGGAAGGUAUGAGCCUGCAUCAUCAUCAUGACCCAUCAACGAUGUAUCAUUAUCACCACCACCGCCACUUCUAGGUUUUAGAGCCGAUCAUCUUCUAAUUAUGAUACGACUUAUUCAAUAUCUAAUUAAUUUGUUGGUAUAUGGGGUUUUAUCUCUGUCUACGUGGAUAUGCAAACAAAUGUAGAUGUUUAUUCCACGAAUAGUGGAAUGAGAAGAGAAAAGGCCA